ACAGCAAGUAUAGUUGUAUGAUGUAGAGACUAGAGAAUUAUGUUUCAAAAUCCAUUCACUGUUGAUAGUGGACGAACAGUGGUUAUGAAUUUAAUAAGGAAUUUCUGGCCAAAGUGAACUUUGUGUGUGAUGUGACUUUGAUUUUUAUUUUUAUUUAGUUUGUGACGUGUCCUUUUUUUAGUAAUCAAAGUAACAGAUAAGGAUUUAAGAAACAUGCUGCGCUGUCACGCCAAAUCAAACAGCUAACUGUCGGAGCGACAUGCUCGUCCGCCAUCUUGUGUAACAGGGAACAAGAUGGCGUCCAUCACUGAGAACGCCGGGGACGAGGCUGAGACGAAGCUAUUGGAGAAGAACAGGGUCAUUGUCGUCCAAAAUAAAAAUGACCCCGGGAUAGUGUCCGCGAAAUCCUCAAAAAAAGUAAAACUGCCAGAAGAUGAAGCUACUGUCGGCGGAAGGUUCACCAUCGGCCCAGCCCCUGAACGUGACUGGGAGUUGGUGCCCCCUGACGGUAGAUGGGGUUGGUGUGUGCUCGUGGGCGCAACCCUAGUGAACAUUCUCAUACCCGGGACUAUAAAAUCCUUCGGAGUACUGUUAGUUGAGUUCAAUGACGUGUUCAAUUCGAGUCCAGCGGCGUCGUCCGGGAUAGUAGCCUUAUGUUACUUCUUAUACAGUAGUCUGGGUCCUAUAUCUUCGAUACUGUCCGUGAAGUGGUCGUAUAGGACCGUCACCCUCAUCGGCGGCUGUUUCGCAGCCUUCGGGAUGAUCUUCAGCAGUUGGGCGUUUUCAAUAACGUACCUGUAUUUCAGUUUCGGCGCCAUGGUUGGCACGGGCGCCGGUUUAGCCUUCCCGCCCACCGUGUACAUAGUGACCUCGUAUUUCGUCCGCCUGCGAGGCCUCGCUAACGGCAUCUGUAUGUCAGGGAGCGCCUUCGGCAGCAUCAUCCUGCCGCCCAUACUGAGGAUACUCUUAGAGACGUACGGAUACAAGGGCGCCGUGCUCAUCCUGGGCGGGAUCAUGCUGAACGUGUGGGCCGCCGCGCUGCUCUUCCAGCCGGUGGAGGAGCACAUGGUGAAGAAGUACAAGGAGGCCGAGGACGACGGGCCGCAAUUGGAACCGUUCAUAGAGGAGGAACCUGAUGAGAUAACAGAGAAUCCGAAACUAACUCUGACACCGGACCAGGACGAGAAGCUACAGAAUGGCUCGCCUCCGAUGAGGGAGAGGUCGUUUCUGGACGAGAAAUUCUCGCCAAACAGAAGCGACUUCGCCAGAUCAGCGAGUGUGGCGCACGUGCCUCACGCAGAGAACAGCAGGUUGAGGAAGAUAUCCACCCCCAUCCCGCCGAAACACGGCCUGCAGAGUAUAUCCAGCAAGAUAUCGAAUCACCUGCCCAGCAACCCGUCGCUGCUGGAGUCGGUGCCCGAAGGGAAACCGAGCCGCGUCAAUUCCCAGGAAGCGUUCGGAAAGAAGUUGGUCGUGCCAAAAACACCCAAACGCAGUCCAUCGACCUCGAGCUUUCAGUACAUGUCCACUCCCUUCCACGGCUCCACGCUGUCAGCUUUCGAAAAACCAAGCGAAUUCGCGUCGCAAUUCAGCCUAAAGUCCGUAACGGACAGCCUAGCGCCGAUAUCAUAUUGUUGUGGCUGCAAAAAGUCCAAAGAGGACGAAUCGAAGAAGGAGCCGAGCAAAUACUUCGACCUCCAGCUCUUCAAAGACCCGAUAUAUCUCGUCAUUCUGAUAUCGAAUUGCACUUGCGCGAUAUCGUAUACGAAUUUCAUAAUUCUCGUGCCGUCGUACGCUAAAGAGUGCGGUUUUGAUAAGGCUCGCGGCGCUUACCUCCUGUCCAUCAUAUCCGCGUUGGAUUUGGUCGGUAGGAUCGGCGGGUCGGCGUUAUCCGACGUGGUCACGACCCCGAAGCGUUACUUCUUCAUCACCGGACUCCUGUUGUCCGGGAUCAGUCUGGCCAUGAUACCGCUGGUGACGACUUAUUCCGCUAUCAGCGCUUUUUGCUGUAUCUUUGGGAUAGCGUCCGGUAUCAAUGUGGGUGUCACGGCCUUGGUGAUGACAGAGAUGCUCGGCACCGAGAGGCUCAUGAGCUCGUACGGUAUAAGUUUGUUCAUGAACGGUAUCCUGCAGCUGGUCGGGCCACCGGUUUGUGGUAUUUGGUUCGAAUACACCAAAUCUUACAGGUCCUUGUUCGUGACGCUUGGCUUCAUUUUGGUUUUUGGGGCUAGCUUAUGGCUCUUCGUGCCGUUUAUACACAGGCGUAGGAAAAGGGCGCAGGCGCUCAAAGAUAACUCGGAAAAUAGGGCCUAGCUGGUGAGUUUAUUUUUAAUUUCUAACGAAAAUCUGUUUGAUGUUGUCCAUUAUGUGAUUUUUAUCGAAUCUAACAAAAAUGUGUAUUUUUAUUACGGGAUAAACAUAAUUUAAUUUAUAAUGUAUGCACAAACGUAUUAUAUAUAUAUAUAUAUAUAUAUAUAUGUUUAUUAUAUAUGAAUUAGUUACCAUCGCUAUAUUUAAGCUGAUAAUCGAAAUAUACCUUUUAUUUUUUAUAUAUAUCGACGUAUGUUUCACAAGUGUUAAAUUAUUAGUAUUAUUUUUACGAUUUAUUUCGUAUUUAGUAUUAAAAAACUCCGCUCAGUAUUUAAGUUUGAGACUCGUAAGCUACACAAGGGCAUUUAAAACAUCACAAUAAAAAAAAACAAUGUUUACUUCAUUAAGAAAAUAGUCAUAAUAUAUGUAUAUUUAAUAAUAUUUACGUAUAUUUAUUGUUUAUUAAAUUAAUAUAUAUAUAAACAAUUAUAAACUCCAUCCUCACACGCCUUACGAUAACUCGUUCGUUGAUAUCUAGUUUAUAUACUGACCACACUCUUACAUACCAAGUACGCUUAAGGUCAAUUUAUAAUAAACAAUGCCUUAUUAAAUAUAGUCGUAUAAAGAUGUAUUUAUUUAUGACGCGAGCGUUUUUUUUUUUUUCAUUAUCUGUAUAUGAAUAUCUAUUUUUUAUCUGUCAACGUCACUUGACGUUUGCUCGUUACGUCAAAUCUCCUGUUUGAUGGUUACUUAUUAAUUUCUAAGCGUAUUUUUAUUGUAAUUAGAUUGUAGAUUUUAUGUUUAACAUCUUUCUAAUGGAAAGUGCGGGAAGAAUUAUAUAGAAAAAAAUAAAAAAAUGAAUUAAAUUAGGCUUAGUGUAAUUGAUAUUCGUUAUUUUCGUAAUUAUUUUCAAUGUAAUCUCGAUUGUCGUCUUAUUUCAAUGUAUUUUGCUUAUACAACGUUUCGUAUACAUUUUUGUAUUAAAUAAAUGAUUUAAAAUGUGAA